AACGUCACAUGGUAUCCUUUUCUCACAGCUUCAAAUCUAAGUUACCACCAAACCAAACCAAACCAAACCCAACCCACUUCUCUCUCUCUCUCUCACUUUCAACACGGUCGGUGCUUACGGCGUCGUUUUCAUUUCGUUUUAGUUUCACCCUCAUAAUCUUUAUUUCACAAUCCCAAUCAUCAUUAUCUUAAUCCAUUCACUAAUCUCCAAUCACAACCAUAACAACACCUUCACUGAACACUUCACUUCAACCUCUUCUUUUUUCUUCAAUGGGUAACUGUUGGACUAAGUCGGAGAAAUUAACGGCUGAGAUUAUACCUCACGAUGGAGCUAAAGUCUAUCCAACGGUCCGUCUAUACGGUUCACCAAAAAGCAUUCUCGCAGCAUACAUUCGUUUCUCUCUUCUUCAAAAAUCCGUUUCAUUUGAAUUCAUUCCUUCUAACGCCACUCUCAGGGAACAUAUUCAAGGACCCGACCCGGACGGACACGUCACUCUUCGGGUUGGAUCCGAAGUUGUUUCGGGUUCGCGGGAGACACUGUUACGGUUUAUUGACGCACGGUUUCCGAAUCUGACGCCGGUGGGUGGCGGCGGAGGUGGUGGUGUGGAGGAAGGAACAACGCCGGUGAUGGUGACGGUGACGAGACUGCAGCAUAAGAGUAUGUUGUGGCAUGUGGAGAGGGUUUUGAGGUGGGCGGAGGAUCUUGUGACACGUGGCGGGAAGAAGGCUGUUGAUCCUUCUGUGGGAACUCCUGGGAUGGAGAUUAAGAAAUUUGCGAGAAGUUAUUCGGAGCUGUUGGAGGUUAUGAUGGAACAUGCUCAGAUGGAAGAGACUCUUCUCUUCCCUUUCUUUGAUGCUGCUGAUAGAGGGCUUUGUAAAGCUGCAAAGGAGGAACAUGCUAGGGACUUACCUCUCAUGAAUGGUAUCAAAGAAAUCAUAAAAUCUGUUGGUGUUUUAGGCUCAGGUAGCCGUGAUUUUCAAGAGGCCUUGUACAAUCUUUCUGCUCGCCUCAAGUUAUUGCUGGGCCAGUGCAAACAACAUUUCAGGGAAGAGGAAGUGGAAUUACUUCCACUAAUGGAGGCAUUAGAGUUAAGCAAAGAGCAAGAAGAGAGUGCACUAGAUCGAUGUUUUGAUGUGAUGCAAGGAACACAUGGUCGUUUGUUGAAGUUUUUUCUCGAAGGGCUUCAACCUCGUGAUGCUAUGAAGUACUUAGAUUUGAUUAGCAUGUGUAGUAACAAAGAGAAAAUGGAAUCAAUGCUUCAAAUAAUAGUUAAGUGAAAAAUAUUGUUAGCAAACUCAAUCAUCACAUACACAUGGAUGAUCUGUGAAACUUGCUUUGUUAAUAGAUGUAACAUUGUUUUGUUUUUUAGUUGAUUCUUCUAGUGGAAGCACCCAACACUGCACACACUGCACAUGAUAUGGGACAUUCUUCUUCAACAUGUUAGCUUGGCCUAUUGAUUAGGGGAACAAAAAGUAGUGAUAGUAUUUGGAAAAGUAGGGUAUUCUCUUUUUUCUCUUUUCCUCUUUUCCUUGUGAUAGUUUGGAUAAGGUUGUCAUGAAUAUAUUCCUCAGUAAUCCAAAGUAUAUGAACUCAAAUUUAUUCAAAAAGUAUUUGAGUAUACUAGUUUGUUAAAUUGCUUGUGGAUUGGUAAUAAAAUAGUUUGUUAAAA